AUGAGUACUAUGAUGAAUAUAAUUACAAAACUGGUGACAGUUUGGAUGCUAAGGAAGAUUUAAAUAGUGAAAUCCUUAUUACAGCUCAGGAGCUUGCAAUUAGCAUUACCCCCUUUCCAUCAGUUAAGGAGACUAAUCCCCACGUAGGUCAUUUGCCAGGUAGAAACCAUUUACCUAAUCCAAAGACAAUCGUCACUCCUAAAAUAAAUAAUUCAGCUUUACAGCCUGUUGAAGAAAAGACGAAGGAUGUUGUACGCUUAAAGAAACCCGAGAUAAAUAAAGUAGAGAUGACAAAACAAACUCACGGAAAUGGCAUCAACAAUAAAAACCUGCUUCUAAAAGCAUUGGAGGAGCAAGAGGAAUAUCAAAUAGAAACAGAAGGGAGAAAGAAAGACACAGAAAAGUUGGUUACAGAGAGCUACAAUACACGAGAUAUCUUGAGGUCAACAACACAACCGAGAUUUUACACUCGACCUUCACCAGAGAAGAAAACACUAAUGUACGCAAAGUCUUCAUCCUCCAACAUCUUUACAUCACAUUCAGCAAAAGGUGGAACCAGAGAUGAGGGCACACAAAGAGAAGACAAAUGGAUACACAAACCAACUGUAAAGCCUCAAAUGAGCAAUUUCCCCAUAAUGGAGCCCCUUCACCCCUGGCUUCAUCAAACCAACCAGGGAAGAGGACAAACUACCACCCAGAGGGUUACAUAUGGAAACCAAGACAGAAACACAGGAAGGCACACUAAUGUGAAUCCAGGCAGGCAUUUCCAGCCUCCCAGAGUCCCUCCAACCUCUAGCUGGUCUUUACACCAUCAUCGUCAUCAUCAUUAUUCCCUGUACCCUUCCUGGCCAGGACAAAGAUCUUUACCUCAUCAAAAUCAAGGGUCACACCCUGCAGCUCUCCCGCACCCAUGGGCUCAUGGCGCAUUUGUCACCAACAGACCAGAAAUUACAGCUGAAACAGUCAAACCCACACCCACUGUUUCAGGAGCAGGCAAUAUCAGACUGACUUACUCAAACACCCACCUAUCCCAGCAUCAUCGUCAGAAUCAUCAUGUGGAUGGCAUGACCCAAACAAAAGACCAACUGUUUCUAACCAGGCUGAGGAACAGAUACAGACAGGCACAGCUUGAUCGCAUUGCUCAGCUGGGGAGAAUGGUUACACCCAAACCCCUCCCUAGUUACUACAAUACUCCACCCCCCUUACUGCCUAAACCCAACCUUCCAUCCCAACAUAGACCUUACACCCCCAAACCAGCAGUGCCUACUGCUUCUUACACAAGCAACCUUCAGCCUGCAAACUCUGCUAAGCCUUCAUCAUCAUCAUCAUUUUCUGGUUUCAUGCCAACUCCUCUUCCCUACCAUCACACCACCGCUGGGGCUUUGCAUGAAGGUUGGUGGCCUGUUGGAGGUAUGGUCAUUUGA